UCUGCAAGGUGUACCGCUGCUCGAAUUCGAAAUUAUCCGAUCUAUUCAAAAACGAAUCGCGACAUGUGACACAACAAUUGCAUAAAAUAACUGGAAAUAUGUGACUGAUCUUUUCAAAAUUCUGUAAAAGUAACGCCGACAAAAAUGAAGUGCCUCUCUUUUGCGUUUUUGGCAAUUAUGUACAUUGUGUUUACUAACACUAACUGUGAUAUCAAGUGGGAUCAUUUUGGAAAUGAAAACAGGACUAAAAGUAUAAACAGUGUCUUGAGGAAUCUAGUCAACAAAACGAAUUUAACUGUUGUGCCCUUCCUCCCUAAUGUUGCGGAAGAGGAUAGUAAUUUUCACAUCGACAUAGAGGACACCUUGCUGAGCAAUGAGGAGCGCGGAAAGAUUUGUUUAAAAAAUGUCACCGAGUGUAUGGAGAAAGAUACGGAAUACAAAGUGACUACCAGCCUUUUCUCCAGUCUCCUGUUUUCCUCGUUGCCACCGUUCGACCUUAGCGGAGUCGUCGGCGUCAGCAGGAAGUGCCACCUGCAAAGCAAGAGGUACAUCGCCGAUCUGAGGAAUUUCAAAUUGUGGGCCCUCAAAAUGUAUGACUCCACCGCCAAGUUGCCAUCGGGAAUUCUAAAUGGAAACGUGAAUCAAUUUGGCGAUUUCGAUAUGUGUCUCUCAGCUAAUUUGCCCAGCAAACAUAUUUUUGGGCAAUACUGUUUGGUCUCUUUGGAAAUCGAGACCCCGCCAAGUCCGUAUUUGGCAGGUUUGCAUAAAUUGAUGCAAUCUCAUUACCAUUUUCGAAGCAAGUUGGAAGAUCCAGGACACAGGGUUCCUAGGUUUUCAAGUAUAAACUGGGCCCUUUGUGUUCCUAACGCCUGCUCAACCAAAGAUGUAGAACUAGGAUUGAAAAAGACGAUGGAUAAUUUGAUAAAAAAUACAGAAUUGAAAGUACGUUAUGAAGUAGAUCCAGCGAUGUGUCAAAGGCCCACCCAAACGGAUAUGCCGUUGUCGACAUAUAUUGGAAUAUCAUUUUUUGUUGCGACCAUUUUGGGAGAAUUAUUUGCUACUGCUUAUGACUAUUUGGCAUGUGAAGAAAAAAGUAAAUGGAUUGUAGCCUUUUCUCUAAAGAAAAAUUUAAAAUCUCUGACGACUAUAAAAAGAAGCUCUGAUGAUAUAGAAGCGGUUCAUGGAAUAAGAAGUUUAAAUGCCAUAUUGCUCUUAUUGGCUCAUAAGUCAAUGGCUCUAUUUUUCCUUCCAUUUGCCAACAGAACAGAAUUUGUCGAGUACAUAUCUCGACCAUUUAGUGUCUUGGGAAGAGCAGCUAGCUUGUACACUGAUCCCUUCAUAAUGAUUUCUGCUACUUUAACAACGUAUUCCCUUUUGGGGAAACUAAAUAGGAAUAAGGAAAUAAACAUAAUUCAAGAGUACAUUUCAAGAUUAUUUAGAAUUGUACCAUCAUUCGCAGCUGUAAUUAUUUUUUGUACCUUCGUCUUACCAUGGAUUGAUAGUGGCCCAUUAUGGAAUUUAGUAGUGACACACCAUUCUACAAUUUGUAAGAAAUAUUGGUGGCGGAAUUUAUUGUUUAUUCAUAACUACUUUGGAUUUAAAGACAUGUGUUUGACCCAUACCCAUCAUGUAGGUAUUGAUACACAACUAUUCUUUAUAUCUCCAUUCUUAAUCCUGAUGAUUUGGAAGUGGCCCAAAAAUGGAACAAUCAUCCUAAUUACUUUAGCAUCAAUUUCCACAUUUAUGCGAUAUUAUGUUACAUAUUCCAUGAGGUUAUCCAAUUAUGUUCAUUUUGGAACAUCGGUGCAACAACUCUUCGAAACUGCCGAUAAUAUGUACAUCUUACCGGUACAUAGAGCUACUGUUUACAUAAUGGGAAUAUUUCUAGGCUAUAUCCUUCGAAGCUUUAGGCAUAUACAAUUAACAAAGACUCGAAUACGUUUUGGUAAUACAAUAGCAUUAUUUAGUUUUAUUAUAUCCUACUUUGGACCAUCAUUUAUGAGCUCUAUAGACUAUGUUUAUGACCCAACUGAUGCCGCAUGGUAUGCGGCGAUAUCUCCUAUCCUUUGGUGCAUUUCAUUCUGUUGGAUAAUUUUCACUGUACAAGCAGGAUACAGGGGUUUGGUGGGCAGCUUUCUUUCAGCUCCAAUAUUUAGAUUUUGGACAAAAAUAUCGUACACUGUAUACCUCACACAGUUUCCAAUAUAUUUCUACAAUGUUGGAGUAACAAGAUCAUCAGAAAACGCUAGUUUCUUCAGAAUGAUUCUGAAUCUGAAGGAGUACUUCUGGGUUGUGCUCUUAUCAGUAGUUUUGACUCUGACAUUUGAAUUGCCUUUCCAAAAUAUUAGAAAUAACUUGAUAAAGGGGAAACACAAGCAGGAAGAUAGGAACUAUGAUUUAACCAAGGAGAAAAAACAUUCAUGAAGUAUCUUGCUUCUGUGUGACUGUAGUCACAUAAUGCCAGGAACCCAGUGAUUGAAUAUAUGUGCAAACUAGUCACAAAAGUUGUAUAAUCAUAAAGAAUGUUGAAGGUGUUUUUCGGCAUCAUAAAAAAAUAUAUAAACAAUUUAAAAAUUAAAUUCAUUAUUAAGUUGACAAUGCAUUCCGGAUAUGAGUAAAUAAACACAAUCACAAUUAUAUGAUCAUCUAAUGCAGUCCCUAAUAAACAUUUCAUGUAUUAAAAAAAUUUGUAAAUGGGAAAUACAUAAUGGCGGCUUGUGUUCGGUCAGAUUUUGAUAAUGAUGAUUGGAUGAUUUCUAGGGCCAAAAAGGUACUUUCAUGAAGAAAAAAUUUCAGAAUUUGUGAAAUAGAAUUUGGAGUUCCAAACAUAUAAGCAAAACAUUUUUUUAAUAGUCAUCUGGAAGAUAUAAAUAGACAUUUUUUAAUUUUUCUUAAAAUUUUUUAUAAAGUUUGAAAAACAGAAUGUCUGUAGUAUCAGAUUAAAGUUUAAAUAUAAUAAAUAAAAAUUAUAUUAUGACAAAAAACUAAAUAUACAGCUGGUUGUAUCUCCGAUUUAAAUUUUUUAUUUUGCAAAUUUCGUUCGAAAUUUGUUUGUCACGAAAGUUCUCUGCACUGAAAUCAUUCCCUAAGAAUCCCAUGCUUCCAUUAUCAAAAUAUGACUACUUUAAUUUUCACGAGCCGCCACUGGAAAUAUAUUUUUUUUUAUGUACAUGCCAUGCAAAAAAUUGCCAACUUCUAUUAGAGAACAGUAUUUUAAGUAACUACAUUUAUAUUAUUUGUAAAUAUAAAAUAAAUGAUAAAUAUACA